AUGUAUUUUUGUCAAUGGCUACUAACAGCCGGAAUUGCCGCAUUGAGUUUGGGUGCCGGAUUUGCUAAGCCAUUGAACGGUGCUGGCAGAACUUUAGUAGUUGUAGAUGACCCCAAUGAAUAUUCACAGUAUCUGGAGAGUCUAGAACAACGUGAAUUCCAACUCACGAUCAAAGAUACGCAUGACGAGUCUGGUCUAGAAUUGGUCAAUUAUGGUGAAUUGACAUAUGAUAAUCUGAUUGUUCUGCCUACCAAAGCCAAGUCUCUAGGUCCUAAAUUGAGUGCUAAAGCUCUGUUGGAAUAUUUCAACCUAGGUGGUAAUAUUCUUGCAGUCACAUCUGCUAAGUCUAGUCCUGAAAGCUUACGAGAGUUUGCUGCUGAGUUGGAUAUCCACAUUAGUCCUAGAGGAUAUCAAAUUGUUGACCACUUCAACUCUGCUGAUAGUUCAGACGAGCACAAUGUGUUGAAAUUGACAUCGGCCAAUAUCAAUGCCCCCGACAGUGUUAUUUCAGAUAUCAUCUCCCAUGACGAAGAUGGUGGGUCCACCAAGUCUGGAGAGUUUGACUAUGAGGCUGGCAAUGCUGCCUACCUAGGAAACAACGAGCUUGUAAUUCCAUUUAUUUCUGCUCCUUCCACUAGUUAUGUUUUUGAUGCUCGUGAGCAAGAAGAUAAUGAUGUGGCAGAUAAGCUGUGGGUUUCGGGUUCUCAAGCUUAUCUGGCUGCUGGCCUUCAAAGCCGAAAAAACACCCGAUUCUCAUGGGUCGGCAGUGCUAGUUUGUUCAAAAACGGAGCUGCUGCUUCUGCAUCGGCUAUUGACAAUAUCACCAAAUGGACCUUUCAAGAAAAAUCUGUUCUUAAAAGUGUAGGUGCAUCUCACUAUGAUUUGACGUUUCCUGAAGUGGAGAAUCCUCAUAUUUACAAGGUUUCAACCGAUGUUCUUUAUCUUAUCUCACUUUCUGAAUGGAACGGUAAUGAGUGGGUUCCAUUUGAUGCUUCUGAUGUUCAGCUUGAAUUUAUCAUGCUCGACCCCUACUACAGAUUAACUCUCAGCCGUAAUGCAACUGCUGAAGCUGCUGCUGAAGAUGGGUCAAUUGCUAUUUACUCGACUCAAUUCAAGGCUCCUGAUCAGUAUGGUAUGUUCACUUUCAAGACGGAAUAUCAACGCCCAGGAUAUACAUUUGUUGAAGAUGCUCGUGUUGUAACUGUGCGACACAUUGCGAACGACGAAUGGCCCAGAAGUUGGGAAAUUACAAAUUCCUGGGUUUAUCUGACAUCGGCUGGUUCUGUAGUCAUUGGAUGGUUGGUGUUUGUGGCUUUCUAUCUAUAUACAGGAUACAGUCCAAAGAAGAGCGACAAGAAGACCCAGUAA